AUGAGCCACAACCUCUACCUGGCCUUUGUGUGUCUGAGCCUCCUCUCUCAAAGGACGUGCAUCCAGGGGAACCAGUUCAAUGUGGAGGUCAGCAGAAGUGACAAGCUUUCCUUGCCUGGCUUUGAGAACCUUACCGCGGGAUAUAACAAAUUCCUCAGGCCCAACUUUGGUGGUGACCCAGUUCGGAUAGCACUGACUCUGGACAUCGCAAGCAUCUCGAGCAUUUCAGAGAGUAACAUGGACUACACAGCCACCAUAUACCUCCGGCAGCGCUGGACAGACCCACGGCUGGUGUUCGAAGGCAACAAGAGCUUCACUCUAGAUGCCCGUCUUGUGGAGUUCCUCUGGGUACCGGACACUUACAUUGUGGAGUCCAAGAAGUCCUUCCUCCAUGAAGUCACAGUGGGAAACAGGCUCAUCCGCCUUUUCUCCAAUGGCACGGUCCUGUACGCACUCAGGAUCACAACAACUGUCACAUGUAACAUGGACCUGUCCAAAUACCCCAUGGACACACAGACCUGCAAGCUGCAGCUUGAGAGCUGGGGAUACGAUGGCAAUGAUGUGGAGUUCACCUGGCUGAGAGGAAACGAUUCUGUGCGUGGGCUUGAAAGCCUGCGCCUUGCUCAGUACACCAUCCAACAGUAUUUCACCUUGGUAACCGUAUCCCAGCAGGAGACAGGAAACUAUACACGAUUGGUUUUGCAAUUUGAGCUUCGGAGGAACGUCCUGUAUUUCAUUCUGGAAACCUAUGUUCCUUCCACCUUCCUGGUGGUGUUAUCCUGGGUUUCGUUUUGGAUCUCUCUUGAUUCGGUUCCUGCGAGAACCUGCAUUGGAGUGACAACCGUGUUGUCCAUGACCACACUGAUGAUUGGCUCCCGCACAUCCCUACCCAACACCAACUGCUUCAUCAAGGCCAUUGAUGUGUACCUGGGGAUCUGCUUCAGCUUCGUGUUUGGGGCCUUACUGGAGUACGCAGUUGCUCACUACAGCUCCUUACAGCAGAUGGCAGUCAAAGAUAGGGGGACAGCAAAGGAACCAGAAGAUGUCAAUCUCACCAGCCUCAUCAACAGCUCCAUCUCCAGCUUUAGACGGAAGAUCAGCUUUGCCAGCAUUGAAAUUUCUGGUGACAACGUCAACUAUAGUGACUUGACAAUGAAAGCCAGUGACAAAUUCAAGUUUGUCUUCCAAGAAAAGAUUGGCAGAAUUAUUGAUUAUUUCACAAUUCAAAAUCCCAGCAAUGUGGAUCGAUAUUCCAAACUACUAUUUCCUUUGAUUUUUAUGCUAGCCAAUGUAUUUUACUGGGCAUACUACAUGUAUUUUUGA